UGGUAGGAACACUUUAGACUUUUUUUAUAUUGUUGAAACAACAAAAAUAUAUACGAAAAAUAGUGUUUUGCCAUUAACAGGCAUCAUAUUUGCCUGACAGGUGCACCAUAAUGAAUAUUCCGAGAUACUAAACGAGACUGAUGAGCCUUUCUGCAUUUCAAAUUGCUAAGGCGUAAAUAAAGCCUGCAGUUUUAAUAAUAUACCUGAGAAGGCUCUAAACUGUAUUGAUACAAACUCCGUACGAAAUUAAAGCGUUAGAAAUCCAAGGAGCAAAGCAAGAAAGGAUGCACUUGAUCUCAUAUUACAUGAUACUUAUUCAGAAGAACUGAAAGAGCCCAUUUUUAAUUUAAGCCUAGAAAAUAUACGACAACAAUUAAGACUGCCUCCCAGCCAUCGCACAGUUGACGCCGCCGCUGGGACGGGGAGAUUCUGCUUUGGCUGUUGUAGGCAGAGGAAACAUUUGCUCUAUUGGUUUAAGGCCUAACUCUACUAUUUACCUGUUUUCCCUUUGCGAAUAUAAAAGCGCUAGCUGCAAGAGCAAACGUGGUGUCAGCACUUGAAGCGCACAAGUGGCAAAAAGAAUGAGAGAGAAAGUUGAUGGAAUUAGACUUAAGGAAGGGCAAAGCAGCUAAAAUAGAUACAAAAGAGGGAAUCCGAACACCAAGAAGUUUACUUACUUGUUUUUAUUUCUUUCCAUUGGUUUAAGUUUUUUUCGAAAAUAGAGUACAUCACUGAAGGAUUGGAAUACAAUGUGCCUGCUGGAGGGAAAUACACCAAGAAAUAUCUAAGUGUAAAAUGCACUUUUACAAAUGAUUCUCAAAAAUGGACGUCAUAGUUAGAUGGUAUUAAUUAUUUAGAUAAUGAAGAUGAGAUGAUAAAGAAAAGUGGACAAAACUAAUAAUAAGACUAAACAAAUAAUAUAGAACAGACAACAGGAAUGGAUAAAAGAUACGUGAAAACAUAGAUACCAGUCCGGACUGGGAAAAAAGCAAAGAUAAAGCAGCAAAGGAAAUAGAGAAAAGAAAUAGGAAAGAAGUGCAAGUAAGAAAAUAUAAAUCAGACGGAGGAAGGGAAAAAGAGUACGCGAAAACAAGGACACGAGGAAGUCUUCAAGGAGACAAGAAUCAAAGGAAAUAUAGAGACGAAAGAGAGAGACCUGUCAAAACAAGAAUUCAACAGAGGACUAAGCGAUGGCAAAUAAUUCUUCUUUUCCCAAUUGCCCAUCAGACCUACAUGAUCCUUCCUUCCUUCUACUCGCUAGUCUUUCCGGAGUGUCCGGUAUUAUGGCCGCUGUAGGAAAUGCUAUUGUUCUUCUCGCGAUAUACCGGACAGAAUGUCUCAAUACCGUUUCCAUCUUGUUUAUUGCGUCACUCGCGGCUGUUGAUCUGACGGUGGGAGCUUUCCAGAACCCCAUCCUUAUGGCAAGAAGCAUCAAGUUUGGAUACAUGGAAUACAGAUACGACCUUCCUGAGAAGUUUGACAUGAUAGAAGACUUUCUUUGGAUCUACUCAUUCCUCUGCACUUCCUUCUGUUUGGGGGCGAUAAGCUACGAUCGCUACACAGCGGUCACCAAAGUCUUUCGCUAUCACGUGAUUAUCACACGCAGGCGUGGUUACUGCGUCAUCGGUAGCAUCUGGUUCUUCGCUAUUUCGUUUUCCUCCAUUCGCUUUAAAAUAAGCGAAGACAGGCUCCCCAUGCUGUGGUUGGCCACUGCGCUCAUCGCCUGUACCUUUCCCUUGUGGGUGACGUCGUAUUCGUAUUUAUACAUCUUUAAAUCCGCACAUGCGCAAACACAAUUUAUUGUGAAUACAAGCCCAAUAGAGGAGAGACGUAAGAUCGAGGCUGCACAUCAAAGGAAGACCGCGUGGACUAUUGGUAUCAUCAUUAGCGUGUUUGUGUUACUUUACCUGCCAAGCUUGGUCGUGGCUUGUAUUGACAUGUUUGUCACGGAGGAAUGCGUGAUAGUCAGAGCUCGCGUUGUCGCGUGGCCCUGGGUUACAUUCAUUUGCUACAUCAGCAGCGCGGUCAACCCAUGGAUUUAUUCAUUUCGCUUCCCGUGGUUCAGGCAGGCACUAAAACAGACAUUUACGUGCUCCUAGCCAGCACGUGAUUCCUGCAAAUCAUCAGCUGACACCAUGGUGGUGUUCGCUUAGAAUAUGAAAAGUUCACAUGGUUCUCUUAGUAUGCUAACACGUGCUCCUAGUGAUUUUUCAUGUGCUCUUAAGACCCGUGCAAACUGCGCCAAACCAGCCAGCAUUGCUGGCGAAUUUUCGCUUGACUGACUAUAAGACAUAGGAAAUGUCAAAAUGGAAAAUGGACUUUCUGACACGUGGUCAGUCCAGCAAGAAUUCGCCAGCAAUUCUGGCUUGUUCUGGCGCAGUUUGCACGGGGCUUUAGUGAUCUUCACUUGCUCUUAGUGGUAGUUCAUUGGCCAAUGGGAGUUUGAUACCUACUACGCGGUAAAGCUCGUUGGUCAAUGGAAUUUAUGUAAAACUACGCGGGGAAGAUCAUUGAUCAAUGAAAUUUAUGUAAAACUACGCGGGGAAACUCAUUGGUCAAUGAAAUUUAUGUAAAACUACGCGGGGAAGCUCAUUGGUCAAUGAAAUUUAUGUAAAACUACGCGGUGAAGCUCAUUGGUCAAUGAAAUUUAUGUAAAACUACGCGGGGAAGCUCAUUGGUCAAUGAAAUUUAUGUAAAACUACGCGGUGAAGCUCAUUGGUCAAUGGAAUUUAUGUAAAACUACGCGGGGAAGCUCAUUGGUCAAUGAAAUUUAUGUAAAACUACUCGAGGAAGCUCAUUGGUCAAUAUAAUUUAUGUAAAACUACGCGGGGAAGCUCAUUGGUCAAUGAAAUUUAUGUAAAAUUACGCGGUGAAGCUCAUUGGUCAAUGGAAUUUAUGUAAAACUACGCGGUGAAGCUCAUUGGUCAAUGAAAUUUAUGUAAAACUACGCGAGGAAGCUCAUUGGUCAAUGUUAUUUAUGUAAAACUACAUAAGACUACAUUAAUACUUAAUACAUUCUAAACAAAUAUCAAAAUAAAUAAACAAAUACUAAACACUUACACAAAUAAAUAUCAAGAUGCUUAAAUACCCUGAAGCAACAGUCGUUCUGACAGUAGAAGAUUUUUUUGUUGAGCUGAAUUGCUGUAUUAGUAGUGUUCUAUGGUAUUCAUGGCACGAAUUAACAAAAAUCUUGGAGUGCGUUAAUAUGAAUGUAAAACAAUUUAAACAUUAAAAUAGUAUCUUACUGUUUAA